GUGCCCGUCCUUUCACAAGGACCGGUGCGAUGGAAAAUUUGGCGCCUGUUGGAAGUCUCAAGCCGCUGGGCUGGCACCCUUCCACCGCUCGAAGGGGCGCGGCUUACCGUGCUCCUCCAGACACUGAGCCAAGGGUAUGCCUGACAUCACGUUCGGUGGGUUCGGUCAGCCUUGGAGCUGUGAUUGGCUAUGCCCAAAGAAAGCGAGGAGAUUUGAGUAAGGUAAGCCUUGGUGCUGGAAAACUCCUUCCGAACAGUGGCCAGGCACUUCAAGCCCUGAGAAAAUGGCGACAGAAACAACCAGAGGUGAAAGAACUUCCGGCACCAACACCGACUCCAGGGAAGACGUGGAGAGGAAAUCGGUGGAGGCUCUCGGAGAAGAACGUGCCUUCGUGUGUGGCCACGUGGCAUGGCUGGAUGAAGAGUAUGGACUCCAACGACUUUUUCGAGACGGUCUCCAAACGCCCGGAUUUGUUGCCUCAAUACCUGGAUGCUGCAAAGGAGGAAGGCAUGGCAGGCCCUGGAAACGCUGUCUGUGUCCGGACUGCUGACUUCAUUGAGAAGCACAUUCCGCUCAGCAAGAGGGCCCCCAUGGUCGACCUGGGCUGCGGCGAUGCUGCCCUGGCGGCCGAGUUGGCGCUUCGCGGCUGGGCAAAGGUGACCAGCGUGGACGCUGCUCGCUUGGCACCCCGCGUAGUAGUUCAGAAUUUGGGUUCGCUUCCAGAUGAUUGGACAGAUCGAUACGAAGUGGCAGUUCUUUGCAGAGCCCUUUGGAGCCUUGACUACUUGAAGGUGCUUGAGGAGGCGCAUCGAGUUCUUCGGAAAGAGCCUGAAGCUCGACUGGUGGUGGUGGAACCCUUCCGGCGAUGGUGGGGACGUGGUCAGGACGGUGGAGAGCUGGAGAAUCAGUUAUUGAGCGCACUUGAGAGGGCCGGCUUUCACCUCUUGUUGGAGGAGAGUGAGAAUUUCCGGAUGCCCGUGGCCGCCGUGGCCGACGUGGGCAAAUCUGCCACCAAAGGUCUGUUCCAAUUCCUGUUGGCUUCUCCGGUGCCUGGUGAGGACAAAGCUCCUGAGUCACAAAGCUGGGGGUAAAAGUAAAA